AUGCGUGCAUCCAUCCUCCCUAUCGCAGCGAUGCUGCCGGCCAUUCUGGCUGCCCCCCAGCCAGAGCACAAGACGGCCACGACCAGCACCAGCACCGGCGCUGCCGCUGCCGCCAUCACACCGGCCGUUGUAGAGCGUGCCGCGGCAGCUGGUGUCGGUGGCACCAAGAUCACGACUCUGGCUGGCAACUCUGGCGUCGGUGGUGCCACCUGCACGGUGACGGCCUUUGCCGACGUCAAGGCGUCGGUGGCAGCCUGCUCCAACGUGCUGCUGUCCGGGCUCACGAUCCCGGCGUCCAGCACGCUCUCGGUCACGGUGCCGACCAGCGGCGCGCUGCUCUUCGCCGGCACCAUGACGGUCGAGUACACGCCCAACGCGGCCUACACGCCCAUCGUGCUCACCGGCAAGCACGCCAAGGUGGCCGGUCUUGCCGGCGCCGUCAUUGACGGCCUUGGCGCCAAGUACUGGGAUGGCGGGGGCUCCAACAGCGGUACGGCCAAGCCGGACCAUCUGAUCAAGCUCAGCAACAUGGUCAGCAGCUACUUUGGCGAUCUGACGAUCAAGAACUGGCCCACGCACCUGUUCGAGAUCACCGGCGGCUCCGACAACACGAUCGAGAACCUGAUCCUCGACAACAGCGCCGGCAAUGCGCUCACCGGCAAGAAGAAGCUCGGCCACAACACGGACGCCUUUGACGUGGCCAACGUCAACGGCCUCCACGUCAAGAGCGCCACGGUCUACAACCAGGACGACUGUGUGGCGGUCAACUCUGGCUCCAACAUCGUGUUCGAGAACCUCUACUGCAGCGGUGGCCACGGCAUGUCUAUCGGCAGCAUCAAGAGCGGUGUCACCGUCUCCAACGUCACCUUCAAGGACUCGUCCGUCAUCGACAGCUUCAACGGCUGCCGCAUCAAGACCAUCUCUGGUGCCACCGGCUCGAGUGUUUCCGACAUCACAUACAGCAACAUCUUCCUCAGCGGCAUCAGCGAUUAUGCUAUCGAUGUCCAGCAGGAUUACCUGAACGGCGGCCCGACUGGCAAGCCCAGCUCCAGCAUCACUGUUUCCGACGUGACCUUCAAAGACAUUACCGGAACGGUCUCGGAUUCCGAUGCUUACGAAUACUACCUCCUCUGCGGCUCGACCUCCAGCUGCACUGGCUUUACAUGGAGCGGUAUUAGCAUUACCGGUGGUGGCAAGACCGAGUGCUCGCCUAGUGGAAGCAGCAUCUGCCCCUCGUUUUAG